CGUACGUAUAUUGGCUAAAACUCGGUCGGCGACGAGUUGGCGGGGAUCACGUGGGAGCCACGACCUACGGCUACGGGGAUUUCUUCGAACGGCAGAAGACAACGGCGCUGACGCCGGCUGAGCGAUUCGCAUGCUUUUCUAGUCCUAAUUAUACUUCUCGUAUCUCUUGAACAACUGCAGACAGCCGGACUCCUUGUCAUAUGGUCGUGCCACCGCGACGUUCUUCUCGAUCGGACUUCUUACUGAACUCCGAUAUCUGAUUGUCUGGGUCGGAGAAGAUGGAGGGCGCCGGGAGCUGGGACGUACUCGAAUGGACUAAAGUCGAGCCUGUUUCGAGGUCCGUACCUCCUGGUGUGAAAGGUUUUUUAUUGGAGGCGGAGGAAAUUAUAGCGGAGGGCUACGGUGUUGUUCUCGUGAAUACUGAUGAGGCAGGCACCUUGUUUGUUACCAAUUUUCGCCUUAUUUUUUUGAGUGAGGGCACUAGGAAAAUAAUUGCACUUGGCACAAUACCAUUGGCAACAAUUGAGAAGUUCAGCAAGCUUGUCCUGAAGCUUCCCUCUGCCCCUCAUCAAUCUGAUAAAACUCCAUCACGUCGACUUCUCCAGGUUGUUGGUAAAGACAUGAGAAUAAUUGUCUUUGGAUUUCGCCCACGAACAAAACAGAGGCAUGCUAUUUUUGAUGCAUUAUGGAGAUGUACAAGGCCCGCACGACUAGGGGAUCUUUAUACCUUCAUACACGGACCUUCUAAGUCAACCAAUACCAAUCCAAAGGCACGGUUAUUGGAUGAGUAUUGUCGGCUCCUUGGAAAAAGCUCCUACCAUGUAUCAAGUAGUAUAGUGGAAGAUGGGUCGUCGUCUUUGUCCAAUGAGUGGUGGAGAAUAAGUUGGGUGAAUUCCAAUUAUACAAUGUGUCCAACAUAUCCAUUCUCCUUCAUUGUCCCUAAAAGUGUAAGUGAUGAAGAAGUGCUACAGGCUUCUACUUUUCGUGCAAGGUGUCGGUUACCUGUGAUUUCGUGGUGUCAUCCAGGAACUGGUGCUGUUAUUGCACGUUCAUCCCAACCUUUAGUUGGUCUCAUGAUGAAUAUGAGGAGCAAUGCUGAUGAAAAGCUUGUUGCUGCACUUUGCACUCAAACUGCAAGUAUGAGGGGACCACGAAGGAAACUCUAUAUUGCUGAUGCAAGACCAAGAAAAAAUGCUUUAGCGAAUGGGGCAAUGGGAGGUGGUUCUGAGUCACCUUCUAAUUAUUUCCAAUCUGAGAUAGUUUUCUUUGGAAUAGACAAUAUCCAUGCCAUGAGGGAUAGUCUUGCUCGACUCAGGGACUACUUAGAUACUCACGGUGCCACUUCUUCAGAUGGAGUGUCGUCAUUUUUGAGAAAUGGUGGAUGGACCUGGGGUGGGGGACAUCUUAGCAGUAUGUCAGCUUCAGUUUCCACCCUGGGAGAUAGUGGAUGGCUAAUACAUAUUCAAAGUGUUCUAGCUGGUUCUGCUUGGAUUGCAGCACGUGUUGCUUUGGAGUCAUCCUCAGUUCUUGUGCAUUGCAGUGAUGGGUGGGAUAGAACAACACAGUUGGUCUCACUUGCUAGUUUGCUGCUUGAUUCUUAUUAUCGGACGUUUAAGGGAUUUCAGGCACUAGUUGAAAAGGAUUGGCUUGCAUUUGGCCAUCCAUUUUCAGAUCGCAUGGGAAUGCCAACAAUAUCUGGAAACAGUAACAUGCCUCCAGAGCUCUUUCGACAAUCUUCAGGUGGGAAUAUUCCAACAUCACCCAUGCGCUCCUCAUCAGGAUCAUCACCAGCUGGUAGUUCAUCGCCUGCACAAACAUCAAGCAACUAUUCUCCCAUAUUUUUGCAGUGGGUUGAUUGUGUUUCACAGUUACUUCGGAUGUAUCCUUUUGCUUUUGAGUUCUCCUCGGCAUUCUUGGUUGAUUUCUUGGACUGCAUACUUUCAUGUCGUUUUGGAAACUUCUUAUGCAACAGUGAAAAGGAAAGGCAGCAGGCUGGUGUUUCCAAUGCUUGUGGAUGCUUAUGGAUCUACCUGGAUGAGUUGUGUGCAUCUGAGGGAAAGUCUCAUGCACACUAUAACCCCUUCUAUGAUCCAUUGAAACAUGAGGGGCCAUUAUUACCUCCAGCAGCAGCACUGGCUCCAACCCUAUGGCCUCAAUUCCAUCUUCGGUGGGCCUGUCCCUCAGGGGCACAAGCUGGAGAGCUCGAAGCUCAAUGUAGGAUUUUGGCUAAAAAAUUUUCUGAAAUGCAAAAGGCGAAAGAAGUGGCAGAAAGGAAGGCUAAAGACAUCAUAACAAGCAUGGAAUCCUUAACUGCUGAACUACAAAAAGAAAAGCAGCUUAGCAGCACUACAAUGGAUUUGACUAAGAGGGCCUGCAGGGAGAAUGCAGCCAUAAAACGGGCAAUACAGUCACUAGGAUGCAAGGUUAACUUCUCAAGUAAUGGUGACUGUUCCUUGGAAAUAGGAAGCACUCUAGAAGAAAUACAGCAGAACGUUAUAUAUCCUCCAAAGGGAGACUCGUAUGGAAAUAGACAAGUGAAAGAGAAAUCAGAUCUUUCUGUAUCUGUCUCUCUUCUGUCAGAUGAUACUGUUUCUGACAACCCAAUCAGUUGGGUAUGUGAAACACUAUGUCCACUGCGCACUAGGGAAGGUGGUUGCAAGUGGCCAGAUGCUGGUUGUGCACAAUUUGGGAGCCAGUUUGUUGGGCUGAAAGCAAACUUUGAUGCAUUUGAUAGUCUUUCUAUUUAUGAUUGUUAUUUUGGAUCAGAAUAGGAUGUUCCACAAAAAAUUUCACUUCAUCUAUUUCACAGUUUAACCAAGUGGUUCUCAAGAUCUGGGAUUUAGGGACAAAUUCUUCAAAGAAUUUUUCAGUUUGGGAUUUUCUCAAGGAAUCAAAUGUAGUAUUGCGUUCAGCUGUAUCAUAUAUACUGCAUUUUGGUUACUGAUUUUAUUGGACAAAAGUAUGCUUACUCCCAUCCACAAUGAAGAGAAUGAGCAGGUAUUUGACGGUAUAAUAGAACUUUGGGGAAGGUAGUGUCACCUGAGAAAGGUCUCUGUUAUGUGUAGAUAGACGGUGGACUAAUUAUACACCACGCCACUCAGUAUUGGUACUAAUGCUGAAGGAUGAUACAAGAAUGGCUUAACUCUUUGUCCCAUGCUCAAGUACAUAUUCUGGUGGAUCCCGCUUCCUUUGUUUUCAUUCUUUAUAUUCAGCAGGGGCUUGUUGUGGCCCUCUUUUUAAUUAAUACAUGGCUGAAGAUUGUGUACAGAUUCUUAAUGUGUUAAUUAGGGGUCAAUGCUUGGUGAGAUGGUAAAAUCUUGGGCUGACAAGCAUGAGAACGUAGGUCUGAGUCCAAGAGUGGUCACUACAUGCUAAAAUGCCAGAGGUUAGGUCUGUAUCCAGUUCACCUCUCGGAAGACCCUGGAUAACUGUAACCAGCAUUCGGGAUGUCAUUUUUAUUUUAAAUGUACUAAUUGUUUGUAUAGAGAGCUAUAUGUAAACCUUUUGGGCUUUAUUGUUUUUAUUGUCACUGUUGCUGUCAUUUUGAGGCAACAGUAGGGGAGACAUAGUGGAAGUCGAUCUUGAUAAUCUUCUCAAGGACUAUAACAUUUAUGAUUAUACAUCUUA